UGGGUUAUCGGAGCUUUCUGGAGUAAGUUGAAUGUGCGUUCUCCUCACUCGCAUCAAAACUGUUACGAUGGGGAAGCUCAGGAAAAACCACUUUGGAAUUUUAACGUUUUCGUUCUUUUUUACUUUUAUCUGCUGUGCGCAAAGCGCCAAAGAUCUGAGGGAUCCCAGUAACAUGCCGCUGGUUAAAGACACGGUCGACAGACUGAUGAAAGGCUACGACAUUCGGUUGAGGCCAGAUUUUGGAGGUGCGCCGGUGGCAGUGGGGAUGAAUAUAGACAUAGCCAGCAUAGACAUGGUGUCUGAAGUCAAUAUGGACUACACGUUGACCAUGUACUUCCAGCAGGCCUGGCGGGACAAGCGUCUGUCCUACUCUGAGAUAGCCCUCAACCUGACGUUGGAUAACAGGGUAGCCGACUCGCUCUGGGUUCCCGACACCUACUUCCUCAACGAUAAAAAGUCCUUUGUCCACGGCGUCACGGUCAAGAACAGAAUGAUCCGACUGCAUCCGGACGGCACCGUUCUCUAUGGACUCCGGAUCACAACCACAGCAGCCUGUAUGAUGGAUCUGAGGCGGUAUCCUCUGGAUGAACAGAACUGCACACUGGAGAUCGAGAGCUAUGGCUACACCACUGAUGACAUUGAAUUCUACUGGCGAGGGGGAGAUGGAGCUGUGUCUGGGGUGGAGAGAAUAGAGCUGCCUCAGUUCUCCAUCGUGGACUACAAGCUGGUCUCCAAGAACGUGGUCUUCUCUACAGGUUCCUAUCCCCGUCUGUCUCUGAGCUUCAAGCUGAAGAGGAACAUCGGCUACUUUAUCCUCCAGACCUACAUGCCCUCUAUCCUGAUCACCAUCCUGUCUUGGGUCUCCUUCUGGAUCAACUAUGAUGCCUCCGCUGCCAGAGUGGCUCUGGGUAUCACCACGGUGUUGACCAUGACCACCAUCAACACCCAUCUGAGAGAGACGCUCCCUAAGAUCCCCUACGUCAAGGCCAUAGACAUGUACCUGAUGGGCUGCUUCGUGUUCGUCUUCCUGGCCCUGCUGGAGUACGCCUUCGUCAACUACAUCUUCUUCGGACGGGGGCCCCAGAGGCAGAAGAGGGCCGCCGAGAAACUAGCCGUCGUCAACAACGAGAAACUCCGACCCGACCCCAAUAAGUGGAUGGUGGGAAAUGUAGUUCAGAGAGAUGAUGCUCUGUAUGCCAGAAUGAAACAGAGGGAAAUUGACGCGUAUGACACGAUGUGGGAUCCCAUCUUUGUGGACGAUGCCGCAUUAGGACUAGGCGAGCAAAGAAAUAAGAUGACCGCCUCCCUGACUGAUGACAACAUCCUGUUUGGUUCCCUGGAGAUGAAGAACGAGAUGGGGGGUGUUCCUUCUGAGCUGUCCAGGUCCCUGGGCCCUGGGGGUCUGGGUGACCCCCGCAACACCAUGCUGGCCUACGACAGCUCCACGCUGCAGUACCGUAGGGCCGCCAUGGCCCGCCAGAACUACGGCGGCGGACCUCACAGCGCCCUGGAGCGCCACGCCACCCAGAAGAAGUCCCGCCUACGGAGACGGGCCUCGCAGCUCAAGGUCAACAUCCCUGACCUGGCUGAUGUGAACUCUAUCGACAAGUGGUCCAGGAUGAUCUUCCCUACCGUGUUCUCCUUCUUUAACGUGAUCUACUGGCUCUACUACGCUCACUAAGGAGAGAGAGAGAGAGAGAGAGAGAGAGAGAGAGAGAGAGAGAGAGAGAGAGAG